GCGGCAAAUGCGCUAGCUAGUCGCGAGGCACUUUCGGUACUUCUGCAAGCUUACGAUGACAUCCGACGUUUACGGAAGGAUCCAAAAGCGAGCUUGACAAACGAUUUGUCAUAUAACAGUGACCAUUCGUAAUGAAAUUAGGGCGAUGUUAACUGCGUUAUGCAUCCGUGCGGUCGUGGUCUGCUGUUAGCAGACGACUGGCUUUCGCAUGGUACGAUGCUACGCACUGCACAUCAGUUUGUGUUGUGUCGGCAAAAUAUUGAGCACGAAGGCCGUGGGCAGUACUUUGUACUAGUUAAUCAGCAAGAUAAUUCGUAGGGGCCGCCCGAAACGCUCGCCUAAAGUCCAAAAAAUGAGUCUCCAGAAGCUAGACUCUUGCACUGCGAGGCUCUUACAUAGCAGUCAGUCAAUCGCCUCAGUUAGCAGCAUUGUGAAAGAAAUUGUGGAAAACUCACUCGAUGCGGGUGCCACGAACGUCGUCGUCAAACUGGUUGAUUAUGGACUUGACAGAAUCGAAGUGAUUGAUAAUGGCCACGGUGUUGUAGAAGAUGACCUGCCACUUGUCGUACUUGCCGGCUACACGUCGAAGAUAAGCAAGUCAGAAGAUCUUCUGUCCCUCACCACCUAUGGAUUUCGUGGACAGGCACUCGCAGCCAUUGCUGCUGUGUCCAGAGUCACUGUCGCCAGCGGACCCCAAAACGGCGAACAAGGGCUGGCAUUGUGCUUCGACACACAGGGAAACAUUGUGUCGCGAAAGGCCUUGCCUUGGAAUGGAGGAAUGCGAGUGACCAUUGAAGACAUCUUCAAGAACAUCCCAGUGCGAAGGAAGCAUAUGGAAAAUAUGAAGGCAAAAUCAGCACAACUUAAGAAAGUUCAAAAUUUUCUUUAUGCUAUGGCCAUCGCUUGCCCUGGUGUGGGCCUCAGUUUACACCAUAACAAAAGCCUCAUCUGGACGAAGGUGCCUGUGAAAACCAUGCGGGAGGCCAUCGGCCAGGUGUACGGCAUCAGUACACUGCAGAUGUUGCACUACAGCGAAGCGCACGACGACAACUCUGGCACUACUAUAAAGCUGUUUGUUCCUGAUGUUUCAAUCAGGGACAAAGAAAAACUUCUCACCUGUUCUGAGCCAGAGAAGAGCGUACUGUUGGUCAAUGGGAGGCCUGUGAGGAUCAAGGAGAUGAUGCAGUUGCUGCACAACGAGUUUUCUUUGGCAAUUGGAGCGGAGGAUGGAAGUUCGACGAAACAUCCCAUUUCUGUCGCCUCAAUCGAUGUUCCGCCAAGUGAGCUUGAUGUGAACUUGGAGCCGGACAAGACUGCUGUUGUAUUCACUAAGAAGGACACAGUGUUUGGGCUUUUUGAAGGUUUAGUCAGAAAGGCAUUCAGCAGUGCAUCUGCAAAGGACGUUGGUGACGAUGCCGUUGAAGGCGGUGUUGCGAGAGCACAGCUUCCUCUGAAUGAUUCAGAAGAUCGAAAUCGACAGGACCUAGGAGCAGCAGAUGACUUGGAUCGACUGUUCGACGACUUUGUGAUGCCAAACGAUGCCUGUGAGGACUUGGAAUGCCUGAUAAGCAAAGAUCUCCCUGUCACUCCUGAUGGUAACAAGGAGAAUGUGACGGCACUUGCUGAAAAGGCAGCAGUUCCUCCAGAUGAGACCACUGCACUGCGCAAGGACCUGCCGGAAGUAUUAUCGGAGAAAAGUUCGACACCUUCAAAAAACGUUACGGCACCUCGACCUGUGCCUGAAAGGCAAGCGUCACUCUGGUCUCUUGGUAUCCUCCAAAAUACACAAGGGAGAACAGUGGCGGAGCCCACGAGAGUGGGAGGCAUUGCAGAGAAGAGGCCCAUGAUCAGUCCGCUGAAAGACAGGACGCCUAGCAAGAAAAUGCGCACACCCGCAAAGCCGUCAGGAGUUCAGAGCUGGCUCAAAGGCUUGCUGGGCACUCAGAAGCGCUCGGCCAAGGAAGUAUACUGCGCUCGUCGGAAAAAAGAGAUCCUGUCACAGGUUCCUGAUAUGCCACUUAUGGAGCUCAGUGAGCUUCUUGAAGAAGGCUGGACUUCAUUAACACCCGACGAAAAGCAGCAGUAUGAAAAACAGGCUGGAAAAUCUCCGGUGGAAUGCAACAAGUUGUCGAGUAUGCCACAGCAGGCAAAGGAAAGCGGUCUACCAAAGCAGUCUGCAUCAAACUGGAAGAGAGUGGAGCUGCAGUUCUCCAUGCAAAGCAUUAAGGAGCAGUUUGAGGACUAUUGCCAGCUAAGCCAACAGCCGCUCAGCCUGGAGACUACACUUGUGGGACCACUUCGUGGAUGUCCCACUGAUGCUUGGGUUGUCUGGCACAAGGCCAAGCUUUGCACAUUGAACACUGCCCGCCUACGUGAAGCGAUCAUAUUCAAGAGGCUUCUGGCUUCGUAUCCCAUUUCAUCGGAGGAAGCCGAUCCCAUUAUAACUGUAACACCUACCAUAAUUAGGAGUGACCUGCUGUGGAACACAUUGCUUGGUAUGAAGAACGAGACCAGAGACACAUCUGGAAUUCUGUACGUGACAGACCCGCUUCUCACUUUCAAUGGCUUCCACGUUAGAAUCCUACCAGGUGGUAGUAAAGCAGAAAUCGUGAAGCUGCCCAAGGACCAGGCAUUAUCCGAGUUGGUGGAAAUCCUGAAGCUUGCCUCGUCGUGUCCGUCCGCGACUGUGGCCACCUGUCGGCUGCCCAGGACUAUGGCUUUGCUCAGAGACGAAGCCACACGAAUGGUUCGCAACAUGCCACCAAAAAUGUUGCGCGACGAAGUUGAAGAACUGUUGGCCGGGCAACAAGACUUGCUGCAAGAGCUGUGUGUGCACAACCGGCCUAUAUGCACGCACUUCUUCGACAUGAGCACAAGCUUUGGCCACGUAUCUGAAGACAUGUCGUCACAAGUCACCCUUUGAAAAGAAACACAAGUUUUCUGAAACUCUGCCUUCUAUUGACGUAGUUUUGAUUUCCUUAUAAACUUGAGGAUGGCAACAGUAAGAUGCUUCAAUUCUGCAGUGUUAAGCUCCCUGGCGGCAGCAUUUGCCAAGGUAAUAUCUAUAUAAAGCUUUCUGGCAUGUUCAAAGUGCCAGGUGGAAAUCAGCCACGUGUUUUCAUACUUUCUCAGCAAUUUCGUGCCCGCUCUGGGAGCUUCACACUUCCAAAUAUGUAACCGGUGAAUCGGCAACAUACAAGUGAUGAAGCUAAGUAAAGCAUCCACAAACAAACAAUAAAGCAUGCUCAUACACUGUUGACUUCGUGGUAUGAAGCAGCAGUAGAAGCCUUGCAUAUGCAAUAUUUACAAGACCCGGCUGUGUUCACUAGUGCACUAUGUGUACAUAUGUAAACCGUAAAAAGGAGAAAAAAUGGUAGUGUUACAGCAUUUAUAUUUCCACUGCCUGCAACAGUUGCAGCAGUGUAUUGGGUAUUUUGUAUAUUUUAGCCAAAAAUAAAUUCUCUAUAUUCUCUUGGUCUUAUGUGGCCCUCAAA